AAAUGAUUUAAAACAUUUAAGGCUAUUUGGACAUUUGAAUUACAACUCAAAAACAACAAUUGGACAAAAAAUAUGUCUUUCAACGAUUUUGUAACUUGUCCUAUAAAUAAAAACCAUCGACCCCUGCGUGGACGCCUGGACACACAUCUAGUACGUUGUUGCCGAGCGCUGGACACUCAACAAAAGAAAAAGAUGGUUAUAUGUCCAUUUAAUGAAACACAUAGCGUGUCUGCUGCGAAAUUAUUGGAUCAUAUCAGGAACAAGUGUACAUGCAAUGUUUCUAAUUUCGUGAAUGACAUGAAAGAGUUGGAAGAACCAAAACCAUCCUUAAAAGGGUUGGAUAAUGCGCCACCUCCAAAAACAGCUGAAUGCGAGGAUGACUGGGAUCUGGAGCCCGAUGUAGGAACCUAUAAACCGCUACACAAUUGUGAUGACAAAUUGGUUGUUCGUUCCAUCAAGGGACAAUCGCGUGCUGUACGCCAAGAGUUCCGUUAUAACGAGCGUCGUCGAUUUGCCGAACUGAAGGACAAAUAGACCAGGAAAAUAUAUGUGUCGCUCAGCUGAGCAUUUCUAGCUAGAAAUGAUGUACUUAUAAUGAAUUCGUUAUUGUUAUUUUA